AUGGUUGAAAGAAAUAGAAGAACACGUCAAAAUGAAGCUUUUUGGAAAAAUGAAAGUGAUAUGAAAUUACAGUCUGCUUUAAAACAACCUCAAGUACAAAAUUCAGAAUUUAAAUUACCAUCAAUUGAAGAGAAUUUGAAUAGAACAGAAAUGAUAAAACACGUGUCUGAAAAUUCACCAUUAAGAGAAACUGUUUCAAGAUUACAAAGAACUUGUGUUAGUAAGAAAAAAUUAAGUGAUUUGAAGCAUUGUAGAAGGAUUUCUUCUGCUAAUUUGUCUAUUUCUAGAACGAGUAAUGAAGGCCUUCCAGAAAAUGUUGAGGAGAAAACAAUAGAAUCAGAAAUGGAAAAGGAUCUUUCGAAUAAUGUUAAAUUAAAAUUUGCACCUUUAGUAAAUGAAAGUGCGGAAGCUUUGCAGAGUAAUGAGAUAAGUAAAAAUGUAUGUAAUAGCACAGUUGUUAUAAAAGAAUCAUCUCAGCUGAGGUCAGAAAAUAAAUUUUUGGAAAAUGAACUGUUUUCUAACAAAACUGUGAUGCUGGCUGCCCCAGAAGCUGUAUUUGAUAAGAAAAUAUCCACUUCUGGUUUAUUUCAAAACACACGUUUCAAGAAGAAAUGUCAUAGAGUUGGGUUUAAUACUUCAAAUCGUUCUAAAAGAACAACAUCUAGUAAUAGAGUUAACUGUCCACUUAUGAACAAUGAUUUGUGUGAAGGUAUUGAAGAAAAAACAAAAUUUGAUGAGGAUAUUCCAUUUGACAUCAAUUUAGUAAAAAAUAAUUCAUUGAGUACAAAUAAUGGAGACUUGCCCAAUAUAUUACAUAAAAAUUCAACCGAGAGAUGUCCACAGAGCACUUCAAAAGUACAAUCUAAGUUGCAUCAAUCAGGAAUACAAAAUGCAAAUGUCAAGUUUCUGAACGAGUCUGUUGCUAAUACUACCAAAAGAAAAGUCCCAAAAGAUUCAAAAAAUGUGCCUGAUAAGAUGAUGAGAAUGUCUAAGGAAAAUUGUAAAGCUAAGUUAAAUUCUUUGAGGUGUUUGAAGAAAUUUACUUCUCCCAGAACAUCCAUUUCGGGAUGUAGUAGUAAAGACUCUGCAGAAAGUGGAGAACAGAUAGACACGGGAAAUUUCUUAAGGAAAAGUGAGCCGAAAGAUGUUGAUUCAGCUAUUCUUAUGACAGUUCAUAUUGUAAAGGAGGAAGUUUGUGAAAAAUUGCAGGGAAGUAAAUUAUUGGAAAAUGGAAUUAUUUGUGAUAGUAAGAACACUUCAUCUAAAGAACAAAGUUCAGAAAAUGUGUUCGGUGCAACAGGGAUGGCUAAUUAUGAAACUGGCGUGCAGAGUGAUCCAAGUGUUGCAUCAAGUGAGAAGACGCAGCCCUCUUGUGAUGUGUUCCAGAAUACACUUCUCAAUAAGAAGUAUUCUUCAUUAAUGUCAGAUAAUUUAAAACGUUCUAAAAGAAUAGCCUGUGCCAAAAAAUGUAUUUCAACUCCUGGCAAGGAUGUAUUAGAUGCAAAUUCAGAAGUAACAACCAGUGACAUAAAACUCAAAGAGAAUAGUUCUGUUGUGUUGAAGUCGGAAACCUGUCUAGACUUGGCCAAAAACAUUGAAAAGAUGGAGAGGGGAACAGUGGAAAAAGAAGUUCAUUCAGCUAAUUGCACCACAGUUCUUACUGCAAACAAUGGUAAUGAAAAUUGGCAGAGCAGCAAGUUAUUGGAAAGUGGAUCCAUUUGUGAUAACAAGAACACUUCAUCUAAAGAAGAUAGUUCUGAAAAUGAAUUAAUGGAUAAAAUUGGAAUGACAAAUUAUGAAACUAGCUUGAGGAGUGUACGAAAUGUUGCAUCGCAUGAAAAGACACAACUCUCAUCUAGUGUGUUACAGAAUACACUGUCCAAUAAGAAAUAUCCUGUAUUUCCAUCAAAUUCGUUAAAACGCUCUAAAAGAAUAGCCUCUGCCAAAAAAUCUAUUUCUGCUUUUAAUGAGGAUGUUGUGAAUGAGAAUUUGGAAGCAACAUCACAUGAAAUAAAACCUGAAGAGAGUAGAUCUGUUGUGUUAAAAUCAGAUCCACAAAAAAAUAUAGGUUUCUCAAAUACUACUUGUAAAAGUUCAGCUUCAGAGGAGAGAAAUACAUCAAAAAUAGAAUUUAGAUCUUCACAGGCUGACAUAACUAGUACUCAACGUAAAUUAAAGAAGGCAAAAUCUUCGCAUGAUGAAACUUGCUUACAGUAUACUGAAGAUUUAUUAAGUGAUACGACACUCUCCAUUUCUAGUUUCCCACAAAAUUCACAUGUUAAUGAGAAAUGUACAACUGUGGUAAAAUCUUUUAAACGUUCUAAAAGAAUAGCCACUGCAAAAUUCAAUUGUGUACUAAAUACUAUUAGCCCAGCUGAAAAUUUAGAACAAAACCUUAGAAAAGGAGAGAAUAUUUCAUUAUCUGUUAAUUUAAGAUCAAAUUCAUUAUUAAGUAAAAAUUGUGAAGUCUUGUCAAAUGUGACAUUAAAUGAAAAUGCAGCUCAAGGUGACAUUUCUGUAGGGGAGUAUAGAAUGGACCGUUCAGAAGUACAGAGUGUAAGAAACAAGUUGUCAGACAGUGCUGUGUCUUCUCCUGAAGCAACAGAUUUGCUAAAUACUCAAAAACAUCAAGCAGUGUUGAUGACUCAUGGAAGACUGAAGAAGAAUCAUAAAGCAAAGUUACUUUCUGAAAAACUAUCUAAGAGUCAGUCAUCUAUUAAAAAAUGUUAUUCUGCACAAAAUAUCAAUGGAAAUUUUGAAAAUUUACAACAGAGAACAGAAGGUAUAUUUGAAGAGAAUUUACCGGCUCAUAAUAAUUUAAAACAAUUAUUGUCAUUACGUGAAAAUACAAACGAAUUGGACAGUUUGGAUGCACAAUCACAAUUAGAUCGCGUGGAGAUCCAAAGUGCAAAAUGUAAGUUUUGUAAGAACAUUUCUUCCAAUUAUUCAACAAAUUUUGGAAAUAAAGGAAAAACUUCGUCUGGUAACAAAGCUUAUCCUACUUGUGUAUUACAUCAAAAGAUUUGUGCUCAUAAAAAUCAUCUAGGUGUGAUGAGUUCUUUAAAACGUUCUAAAAGAAUUGCUUCUGUUAAAAAAUCUAUUUCUGGGAAUGACAAUAUUACUGAAAAUGUUGAAAUGUGCACUGUCACAACCCCCACAGAAGGAAGUGUUUCAACUGAUAUUCUCCUUACAAAAGAUUCAAUGUUGAAUGCAAAAGUUGGUAAUGAAUAUCGUAUUUAUGAAACAAUUUGUAAAAAAGAAAUAAGUGACAGAGCAUUGAGAAUAAUUCCUCAGUCCAAUUCAUUGUGUUCUCAAGAGCAAAAUACCAUAAAUGAACAGAUCUCAAUUAUGACAGCAUCUUCAAAUGAAGUAUCUAACUGUCAGAACACUCCAAAAUAUACUACAUUCCGUGUAAAUACACGCUCCAAUGCUGGAUUGAUAAAUUGUUACAAAACGAAACCCCAUGCAAGAAAAAUUAAUUCGCAUGUGGUUUCUACUAAAAAGACUACUUGUAAAAAUGUUGAGGAAAAAUCGGAAGUAGCAUCUUCAACACAAAGUAUUUCAGGUAAUAUUCAUUCAUCACGAGUCUCAUUUAUAAAUGUAGAUAAUUACAAAAUCAGGCUGAAAAAUAUAAGAGGAAAGAGAAAUAAAAAUGAAUUAGAGUGUGGUGCUAAUGAUAUUACAAACGUGCAAUCAAAAGAAGAGCAAAUGCAAAGUCCAGAAAACAAACUGUGUAGCCAAGGAGUUUUCCCACUUCAUUCAAGAAAAGAAAGAAUCCAAGAAAAGGAAGAAUUCAUUCCAGAAAAAGUACUCAUGAAAAAAUCUCGUUUCAUUUCUAAAUUACACCAGAAAGCAGAUGUAAAUAAUAAAUAUCGUGCAAUAAAAUUAAUUUCUGUGAAACGUUCUAUGAGAGUAGGAUCAACCCCCAAAUUAAUUUCUACACAUCAACAUAAUUCUUGCAAGGAUUUUGUGGGAAAAGCCAUUGUUACAUUAUCUGAAGUUGAUAAUUAUGUCAAAGUGAAAUCGCAUGCAAAGAAACAUAAGCUGAAUGAAAACACAGGAGAUUUGCAGGGAGUGAAGAUGUAUAAAAGCGUUUCUGAAGGUGAUAAAAAUAAAAGUAAUUCUUACAAAACAUCCAGCUCUAAAAAUACUUCUGUGCAUUUGAAGAAUCCCAUUGUUAAGCUGAAUCCUUUGAAUUGUUUUGAAAGGAUACCAUCGAUCACUUAUGUAAUGUGUGGUAAUAAAAAUAAAACUGAUGAUUCUGAUACACAAACUCGUGAAACAGAAUCCACAAAUGUUUCAAUGAACUUUCAAGAAAGACAUGGCCCACAGUUAAAUGAAAAAGUUUGUAAUGAGAGAGAAAAAAAUAAGGAAGGUCACUGUGAGAAUAAACAAAUCUGUAAAUAUGAACAUUCUAUGAAUGUUCAAAGGGGGUUGAAUCAUUCCAGCUUUCACAAUGCAGAAUGUAACCAUUCAUUAGAUCAAAUGACAUCUUCUAAUAAUAUGACUGUUUGUCAAAGUACAUCCCAAAAAAAGAGGCAUGUUAAUUCUAUACAACACCUGAAGGCUCGAACAAGUAAAAAGUCUCAGAAUGAUAAAUUAAAUCAGUCUAAGGUUUGUAAAGAAAAGGAUUCUUUCAGUGAAUUAACUCAUGAUCAAGAUCUCCUUAAUAAGAAUGGAGUUGAUGUCGAACUCAAAAGUACAACAAAGUUCUCAGAGGUUGCAGUUAGUACUAAUAUAAAAACAAAUAUUAGCACAAAAAACAAAAGAUCUGACCACACACUUCAAGAGAUUCAUGAAGAAGUUGCUCAAAGCAAAGAAUUUAAGCUGGAACCUUCAAAAGUUGUUAGUAAUAAAUCAAGAAAUCAGUCUAUUCCAAAUACACUUUCUGGUGGCAAAAAGAAAAUAGAAAAGGUCAUUAGUAAUCCAUUGGUAAUUAGUGAAGAUGUUGAAAGAGUGACUAAGGAAUUGCAAACAAAUAUACCUUGUGUAGAUGGUGCAAAUGAUUCAAUUAAUACUGAUAACUCAAAUGAUUUCAUGCCAUUGACUGUUGCAAAACAAAAAUUCAGGAAAAGAAGGAAUAGGCAAGUCGUAAAUAUCAGUGAUUUGACUUAUCUGGAGCCCUCGAGUAUCAGAAAUUGUGAUGAUAAAUCUGAAAGGUAUGGGGGCAAGAUUAAAAUCCCAAUGAAAGAUAGUUCAGCAAAGCCAUCUAAGAAAGAAAACUUCAAACCUGUAGAUGUUGGGAACAAGAUGACUUCACUAGACUCAAAGAUGAUAAGAAGGCAUCACUUACACUCAUCUGUUCAAAUUGCAGUUGGUGCUACUGACCCUGAACCCAUGACGCAAGCAAUUCUAAUGAAGUACCUCUCAUCAGUAUUAAAGAGAACUGUUACAAAGAGAGAUGUUAAAAAAUUUCAACCUCGUGUGAAAUUAAAGAGAUUAAAUUGUAGUGAUAUCCAUUCCUUAAGGUUGAAAAGAAGAAAAUUUAUGAAUGAAAUGUGUAUUUGUGCGGAACAUUGUGCAAAAGGUGUGUCACUAGAUCAUCAGCAUUCUGAACGACCCCAGGAGAUGACUUUUGGGUGUAUCCAUCAAGGAGGACAUUUUGUUAAAGUCCUUUGCCAACAAACAGGGACUGAUGAAGAUCAACUGAACCACAUUUUGAUUAGAAAUGAAAAGGCUGUAAUAGGAAAAGAUGAAGUUUUAAAUAGUACUUUUUUGGACUCCUACAUUGAAACUUCGAAUAUAAAAUUACAAUUUCCACUGUUAAAAUCGAGUACUUACGCCAGUGACUGGCAAUCCUGUGAUGAUCAUAAGCCAGCAUCAGAAAGGGAGGCAUGCACUGACAAAACCAGAGACAUCUCUUCAGCAAGUACUGCUUCUAUUUCACCUGCAGAUUCUCAAACUAAGGAGUCAAGACAUUACUGUUUGACUGAACCAUUUGAAUUAAACAGAGGAACACAGUCAUUUCUCAUAAAAGGUGAUUCAUGUGAAAACCUUUCACGGGUGUGCUUUAGAGAGUCUUCGACAUCACCUAAUAAUUCUAAUUUAUCCACAGUUAAUACAACAAUGCCUGUUAAACAGAAUAUUGUGCAGAGUUCUUUCGACAGAAAAUCAGUGAACAGAAAUACCAUUAUUACACCAAAGAAAAUGCCACCAUCAAAAAAACAAAUUUUUCAAAGUCUUCCUGACUUCAAUUUUCCUCCACAAAUAUUCUUGAAACCGUUUUUCAGCAACGCUUCAGAUAUAGUAGAAAGAAAAGAAGUGGGUCAUAAGGACCUCAAGAUUCAGAGCCGCAGUGUUAAAGAACUUGAUUUAUUUGUAAGCAUGAUUCCCAAUUUAAAAGGACUGAAGACGUAUAAAGAUGAAGCAAUUCAGAAUCUUUGGGAGCAUUCUCAGACUUCUGAUGAGAUAGAAAAUAUAUUUAAUCAAGGAAAUUUAAAAGCAGCUUUGGGAGGGCAAAGAGAAACAAUUCUUACUCCUUGUUAUUGUCCACCAAGUGUUGAGGAAGUAAAACUCUGGGCAAAAGCUCGCUUUCUACAUAAACAAAAAACCAAAGAAAGUAAAAAAUGCAAAAAGGAAGAAACAAAGAGGUUGAAAAGUUCAAGUGAAAAGGAUGUUGGAAAAUUUGUACAAAUGUCUGCAAAUUCCUCACUAUUUAGCAGCCAAGGAUCAUCAGCUGAGGAUUUUCCAAAGGCAAGUAACAAAUAUACUUACAUGCUGUGA